UCUUUUGAGCCAUCAAGUGACUCUAAACACACAGCUCUUCUCAGCUUUGAGCCAACAAAUGAUUCUGAGCGUACAGUUCCUCCCACAUUAUCUGAACAAUUCCCCAUCACUGAAGAACGCGACUACUCGACUGCAAUUAUAAUAGUCACUGCUAUAUUGGUCUUCUUGCUUGUGCUUCUCGUAAUACUCGGCUUUACAUUAAAACAGCAAAAGAACCGCAGGAAAAAGCUCCUGUUGGCUGCUGAAAUGGAGAAGGAGGAGAAAGCAAAAAGAAGAAAACGGUGGUUCAGGAGGAAGCAAAAACAAGAGAAGAGAGAAAAGAAAGAGAGGAAAAAACGUUCGAAAAAGUUGAAGGAGAAGAGAAAGAAGAAAGCUACGAGAGAGGAGGUGAUGUUGGCACUCUCGGAUUACUUGACAUCGCAGUCGAAAAAGUACGAAACUCCAGUAGAAGAGCCUACACCAGCUGCAUCUGAGGUGGGAGUUGUGGGGAUAACUCCACACAAAGUAAGCAGCGAAGUGAAUGUGGAAGUUGAGAGAGAAGUUCCAUCGAAGGAAGUGAUCCCAGCAAAGGAUUCUGGGUCUAUAGAAAUGCCAAAGCAGCCAACAGUGCCUGAUAUCAGUGCCGAAAAGAAGACAAUAGAAACUCUUCCCUUAAAAUGUAGCAGCGAGAAAAAACUGGUGGACACUUCACCUUUCAUAUCUCCUGCAAUUACACUCAGUGGAAUAGCGUCAACUACGCCUUCGCAAAGCGGUGGACCCGCCAUUGACAAGAUGCAAUCGUUACCGGGUGAGCCUAAAAUAAACUCGGAUGAAGGCAGAUCUCGGGAGCAUAUGUUACCCCAGCCCGUAGAAACA